UUGCUAAUGACUCAGACGCUGCGCAACAAUCACUACACUAAUCUUGAAGUUGAAAGAGAAAUUUGCACAAAUGAUUUUAAAAUCGUUUGCAUGAGUACAAGCCAUUUCUAAUCUAUGCUUCACAAACCUGUCUGUCUGUACUUUAAUCAGUCAUAGGCAUGACAAACUACAUGAAUACACAUACAGCAGCCAAUGGGAGAAGAGGGAGGACAUCAAAAGAGAAUACAAGGGGCAAAAGGAUGGUAGUUUUUUUUCCUCUGCGUUUGAGGAGGCUGUCCCUAAAUUGUCGGAACUUAACAGGAUCAGAAGAGGUUGCCGAGUGUUUAUUGAGUGGUGGAGCGUUCAGAGUCAUCAUGGCCAUGUCCCAGGAGCGGAGUGCGUGUCUGGGGCUCUCGGUGCUCCUUUUGCUUGGUGCAUGCAUAAAGGAAGCUGUGGAGGGAUGUAGCUGCCACCCAGCACACCCACAGCAGCUGUUCUGCGGCGCUGAGAUUGUGAUAAGAGCAAAGAUAUCUGGAGAGAAGAUUGUGUCGCCUAGCAACAGCUCCUCACCUUACAUGAAAAUGAUCCAGUAUGAAAUCAAAAUGAUCAAGAUGUUUAAAGGUUUUGACAAGGCAAAGGACAUCCAGUAUGUGUACACUCCAGUCUUCUCCUCACUGUGUGGCGUCAAACUGGACUCCAACAAUAAAGCGGGGUAUCUGCUCUCAGGAGGUAUGUGGAGCGAUGGGAGAAUCACUAUCGGUCAAUGUGACCUCGUAGAGUCCUGGGACAACUUGUCACUGUCACAAAAGAAGAAUCUGAACUACAGAUACCAGAUGGGCUGUGAAUGCAGAAUCAACACCUGUUACACAGUGCCAUGUGCGUCAACAGGAGAAAACGAGUGCUUGUGGACUGACUGGCUGCUGGAUAACAGCCUAAAUGGGGAGCAGGCUCGGCAGUAUGCCUGUAUCCGCCGCUCUGACACAACCUGUAGCUGGUACCGGGGUGGACCUCCACCUGAGAAAGACUUCCUGGACAUGACUGACCCUUGACCUGUAAUUCUGAAAUCAAAUUUGACUCCAUUUCACUCCUGCAAAGUCAAACAUUUCCUGCUUUUUGCUUAUGUAGCUCAAAUUUGGCGUGCAAAGUAGCAACUGAUUUCAUUGAAAAAAAUUGACAGAUUUUUACGUUUUUAAGUUGAGUUAAGUUACAUUUGAGUUUAACCCAACUUUGAGCUCCUGUUCGCAGAGUUCAGGUGGUUGCUACAGCAAUGCUAGGGUCAUUUCUAUAGAGGGCAGGGGGCUUUCAACAUUCCUCUGACUCAUUUUUCUCGCUCUCACACAAUCCACUUCACUUUCUGUUUGUCACAGAAUAAGAACAACAGCAGACCAUCCACUGCAAAUUAUUCACCCCAGAGUGAAUCCUUUCUUUGUUUCCGAUGGCCUGUAAUAUGCAUAACCUCGACAAAUACUGACAACCUCAUUUUUGUUUAUGCAUAACUUACUAUAGGUUAUGUAGUUAUUGAGGCUAUGCAUUUACUGAGAGAAAUUUAAGGAAGUUGUAACAUUUACUGAGGAAAAUAGUAGAAAAAAAGCUGCCAACUUCUUCCACAAAGUGUACUUUACAUAAUGUAAACAUUUCCUCUGUAGCACUGCCACCUUUUUCCACACAUAUACUGGUGUUGAUUUUAUAUAUUAUCAAAUAACUGUCCCAUGCAAAUGAAAAUGCACUGUAUAUAUAUCAAACAAAGCAGCACCGGACAUUCCCUAAUUCAUUAUAUCUUGACAAAAUCUGACAUAUUAAUUAUAUAUGACCAUAAUUCUUGUACAUCUAAAUCAUCACAGUUUAUACUCUCAAAUUACUGAGAAUGUAAAUAUUGUACUUCAGUAAGAAUUAACAUUUUAAAAGCUAACCGGAUCUUGUCUUAUAGCAUAGGAGCAUCUUGUGGUUUUGUGUGUUUAGUUUCCUCGUUUGAACUCCGUACUCUUUCCUGUGCCAAAAAUCUAAUCCAGCGCUUUAACAACAGCACUGCCACCUGUAGACGCCAAGCCACCUCUCCUUAGAGGAAAUGAUGUAACAGGACAAGGUUCAAUUCCCUUUUUCUUAACUCCUUAAAAACAGGAAGUGGAUUCUCCUCAAGAAAAGAUAGUAAAAACUUUGGCACAAGACGUUAACCAACAAGAAGAGAAAUAACUGAUAUUCAUGGAUGAGUUCUAAUUAGUGAUUUAAUUGUUGUUUUAUAGGCAUUAUGUAAUAUAAUGACUCAACAUUAAUUAAAAGACCCAAAUCUGAAUUGACCCCUGUCUUGUUACUGGACUACUUCACUGAAGUCAUACAGCUUAAAAUGAAUUAUCACUUUCUAUCUUCAUGCAUGAGCCACAUUCAACAAUAAAAUAUUUAAAUUCAACUGAACAAGCCAGUAAUUUGCCGGACACGUUUGAAAUAUACCAUUUUGAAAUAUGUUUCUCAUUAAAUACAGACUUUCAUGGGUGAUAUGAUAAUAAUGCAUAACAACUGUAUGGCUUUAGUGAAGCAUUAUCAAACAAUUUCAUGUUUGUUUUAUACUGAAAGAAUUGUUUGGGUUUGUAUUUAUGUCUGUGUUUCUGUCUAAAUAGAGUUUUCUAUUUCCAUGUACCAAAAAAGAUUGUAUAUAAAAU